GAGUCUUUCUUAUUCUUUGGUCGUAAGAGAAAACUAAAAUAUGGACUAAUAAAUAAAAAGAAGCCCAGAAGAUCCGAGGAAGAAAGAGAGCACUCUCACAAGCCUUGAUUCCAGAUUCAACCAGACCCUCAGGAAUGUUCAAGGGUUGCUCAAAGGCCGCAGUAUUCCUGGUAAAAAUUACUGACUAGGAGAUCGGAUCCACUAGAUGAAUCAAGCUUACAGGAACGGUCUACAGAGUAUGAAAGGAGCUUCUCAUACAAUGAAGCUGGCUCAAGUGAUUGCUUGGCCAAGGCAGCAGAGAGAAGUUACGUGAGUUAACUUGGAGUGGAAUACCAGAUUACAUGCGCCCUGAUGUGUGGAGGCUUGUUUUGGGAUAUGUGCCACCUAAUUCAGAUAGAAAGGAGGGAAUCUUAAGAAGGAAGUGCCUUGAGUAUCUUGACUCGUAUUAUGACAUUCCAGAUAUAGAAAGGUCGGAUGACGAGAUCAACAUGCUUCACCAGAUUGCUGUUGAUUAUUGUCCAUGCACUGUACCUGAUGUCUCUCUCUUCCAAGAACCACAAGUUCAGAAAUCCUUGGAGCGCAUCCUGUAUACAUGGGCCAUUCGGCAUCCUGCAAGUGGAUAUGUUCAGGGAAUAAAUGAUCUGGCUACACCCUUUGGAGUUGUUUUCUUGUCAGAAUACUUAGAAGGGGGUGUGGAUAAUUGGUCAAUCUCUGAUUUAUCUUUGGAAAAUAUCUCUAACUUAGAGGUUGUUUGCAACUGGUGUCUAUCGAAGUUGCUUGAUGGUUCAGGCUGUGGGUCAAUGGUGACAGAGGAGCAGCCCCAUGCUAAGUUAAUACCAUUGGAGUACUUCCUCAUGGGAUAUGAGCCAUCUCAAUUAAGUGUCAGCCCAAGGAGUCCCUUGAGUCCAUCUUGCAUUGCCCCGAAACUUCUUUCACCCGAAAGUAUGGACUUAAAGUUGGUACAUAAAAGGGGGAAAAGGAAAGAUGUAAGGAAACAAAAAAUUUAGAAAAGGAAGUAUAUAUGAUCAUUCUUUAAUUUGUAACCAUCUAUGUAUAUUAGUUGAGGUUGACUGAACUGUCUGUAAAUCCUCCAAUAAUUAUUCAUCAGUGACAAAAUAUUUGUGAUAAUAAGAACAAUAAUUGAUGGUGACUUUGCUUUU